GGGCUUCUUUGUAGGAGUGGCUGAAGAGUUGGCCAGCCUGCUUUGCAUUUGUGGUGGACUCCCAGUCCGAGCAGCAGCGCGGAUAUUUCCUGCCAGCCAGCCUUCACCCUACUCGCACUGUAGGCUGCGAGGGCGGCGGCGGCGCAGAGGGAUGGCGGAGAGCAGCGGCGACAGCAGCGGCGCCCUGCACCGGAGAUGCUCCCCCCAUCCUCCGGGGGACAGAAACACCCCCACCGGCAGCAGCAGCAGCACCGGGGCGUCCAAAUGGAUACGAUUAAAUGUCGGAGGAACAUACUUUUUAACGACAAGACAGACGCUAUGUCGAGAUCCCAAGUCAUUUCUGUACAGACUGAGCCAAGCUGACCCCGAGCUCGACUCCGACAAGGAUGAAACUGGUGCCUAUCUCAUAGACAGAGACCCCACGUACUUUGGACCAGUGCUCAACUACUUAAGGCAUGGCAAACUGGUGCUCAACAGGGACUUGGCAGAAGAAGGAGUCUUAGAAGAAGCUGAGUUUUACAACAUCACAUCAUUAAUAAAACUCAUCAAGGACAAGAUCAGGGAACGUGACUGCAAAACAUCCCAGGUUCCAGUGAAGCAUGUGUAUCGGGUGCUGCAGUGUCAGGAGGAGGAGCUGACACAGAUGGUGUCUACCAUGUCUGAUGGCUGGAAAUUUGAACAGCUUAUCAGUAUAGGUUACGGGCGGGCCCACCAGACAGAGUUUCUGCUGAUUGUGUCAAGGGAGGUGAAGGGAGAAGAGUCUGCUUUGCCAAACAACAGCGGUGAGCUGGUCAGCAUCGGUUCCUCUUAUAACUACGGAAACGAAGAUCAAGCCGAGUUCCUCUGUGUAGUCUCCAAGGAGCUGCACAAUCAAUCAUAUGGGACCAACAGUGAGCCCAGUGAGAAGGCAAAGAUUCUUCAGGAGAGGGGUUCCCGAAUGUGAGAAGGACUCAGUAUUACACGCUCCAGGUGUUAUGAUGCAAACAUAUCAUCUUCAUGGAAAAAUGCUUGGCACAAUGGAGAUUUAAAGGGGGUGUGCAUUUUGGGUUUUUGUUUUGUUUUGUUUUGUUUUCCCUCCGCCUUUGUUUUUAUUUCUUGAUGUAAAUAAGUGUGUUUACUGACAUAUUGUGCCUGUAAAUUUGAACUGGAUCUCUUUGAAUUGGUGGCAAGUAGUUUUUUGUUGUUGUUGUCCCUCUCUUAAAAGUAAGCAAUGCAAUCUGCAAAAGUUUUUUGUUAUGAAACAUGGCCAUUUUCAUACAAGGCCAAUGAUUCACUCAGGGUCAUCUAGUGAGUUAAUUCUUGUAUCGUUCAACUCAAGGGUCUAAUAAGGGAUCAAUAUGGUCUUUAUAACUCCCAAGCAUCAAACACAAAAUCAUCUCAAGUUGUUAAGAAGGGAAUUGUGCAUUUGCACAUUAAAAAGUCAGGCUAUUUCAUGUAAAACUCACCCAGGAAAAAACAAAACAAAGAAACAAAAAAAAAAAUCAAAGAUUUCAGUUAUACUUUGAUCUGUGAUCAUACAGAUCCCCUCUAUGUAAAACACAUUCUUAGAUUUAUCUAAGAAUCUAAUUUGAUUUCCAAUAAAUAUUCAUUAUUUUUAUGGAACCUUUCUGAGUGAGAGAAGGAAAAACAACAGUAUCACUGAUUGGACUGUGUGGUUUAAGGGGAAAUGGGUAUUUAAACAGAGCUUUUAAUUUGUGAUUAUAAAAUCUGUAUUGAACAUAAUUAUGACAAUUCCGUUUUAAUAUGAACGAAGCCAGAUUUAAAGAUGCAUAAAUGGAAGUUUAUUCUUGAAGUAGAAAAAAGUACUUUUUACCAUAUCUUUCAGCCUCAUGAACCCAGGUAUAUGCAGAUUAAUUGUUCUAAAUGGUAAUGUUAUGAAUUAAAAAUAGCAUGCCAAAGUAAAAUAUAUGUAAAUUGCUUAAUUUGAAAAAUGUGUUCUAAAAUCCUACUUUGAACUCAUGUUGAGAACUCCAACUGACAAUGUUUUUUUUUUUUUUUUAAAUGUAUUUUUUUUUUUUUUCCUUUGGUCAUCUAAUGAUAUCCUGUGAGGGGGAUAAAAUCAUAUUGAAGACCAUGGCCACAUUAAAAAAAAAAUCCCUCUGACAUAUAAGUUAUCUAUAACACAUUUACGUAGUAUGUGUAGAGGGAAAACGUCUUAAGAUUUUUUUUUUAUUUUUUUUAUUUUGGCUAAGUAUUUGUAGUUUUUGAAGACUGGAAAUGUUUGAGGCGGCAGUGAAGGACUUUGUUCAUAUCAAGAGGAUCUUUGUUUUCAUGUAAAUAAUCCAAAUUCAAUAUCGAUAUUUAACUCUAGAGAAAAAAAAACUGCACGUUUUUGUACACUGUAUAAAGAACACCACUUCAAAUGGAGGUUCUUUGUACUGGAUCUUUAAAUAGAGCAAAUCUUGACAAUGUUGACUUUUGUUUUGCAUUGUUUGUACAGGACUUGACAGGUUUCCGAUUUAGGUUGAGACAGCUGAUGCUGAAUACUGUGUCUUUCUCUGAGAACAUGCCUCGAACGUGUUUUGAUAACCAAUAACAAAGCUAUACUCGGCUGGCUAUGAAGUUGACUGUUACAUUUAAAAAGUUCCUUUUUUUUUUUUUUCUUUUUUUUUUAAAUCAGCUGAUGGAUUCUUAGCAUUUUGAAUUGUCAAUUUAAUACACAGCAUUACAAACACUACAGUGGAGAACACUGUGCACACUGCUUACAGCCUGUAAUGUUGUUUAUGUGUAUAUACUGCAUUUUAGAACACUUUUUUUUUUAAAUAGAAAUUGAUGUGUGGUUUUUGAUAGGUUGGAUAUUUCAUUCACAAUUAAUCAUUUAGUAUUGCCUUUUUUUUCCCAGUGACCAAAAUCCAAUGUCUUAUGUGUACUUUACACAUUGAUCUUCGUGUCAGGGACAAGUAAACCUUUCUUAAUGCUGGCACACUUUGUACAUAGAGACUUAUUAAGGACACACAAACCUCCAUUUACUCACAUGCACACGUAUACACUUGAUUAAACAGGUUUUAUAUUGUUGGGGAAAAAAGUAUGGAUGCAUGUUUUUUGAAAUAGAUAUAUAUAUAUAUACACACACAAGGGCUUUUAAAGUGCAAAAUUUGAGAUCUGCAAAGAGGUGCAAUCAGAGUAGACUGGAUUUCCUGCCAGAGCUAGGCUAUGUUUACAUUUAUUAUAGUAUUCUGAAGCCUUCCAAUUAUGUACUGUCUUGGACUCCCUCACACGUUUUAACCUAUGUCUGACUUGUGUAUACCCCAGUGGCUACUAGCACUCCCCUGGUAUUCACUCCGACACGGUGACAUGUGUUUAAUAUACCCUAUCCAUUUCUUGCUUGAGCGUUGUAGACAAUCUUGUUUUUUCACAUCUCAUCUGAAAGCAGUACUCAUGAAACUGAACCUGCGUUCAUUCAGAGCUAAGAUUUGGUUUCAAGUCUAUUUUUGAAGAAAUCUCUGUGUUUUAAAAGUGUUUGUUUUGUUUUUGCCUCAUCUACAGGUCUGAGGUAAUAAAACCUCUGCUUUUGCAGCUAUCUUACAUUUAAAGAUCUUCUCAAUGAGCUUAUCUGGUUUGGUAUCUUGCAUUGAUUAUCAUACAUCUAAUAGACAAACUUAUCAAAUCUGUAGCCUAACGUUUAAGUGCCCAGCCUGUUUUACAUUCAAGACAUUAACCACAGACCACUGUAAUGCAUGACUGAUCAUCACAACUUGUAAUCAGAGGGAAUGAAUGUCAUUUUUUCCCCUCAAGCUAACAGUUAAAUUAAUGACUAUUGGUUGUCAUAUCACUACAUAGAUCACUUCAAUAUGAUCUUAUGCAAUGUUUAUGUACAAACUAAGUAUGAGGGUUAAGGGAUAGAUCUUUAUGGUCUUGCAUAAGUAAACCCAAUAAAACCAUUUUCAUUCAAA